GGAUCGUCCACUGGAACGAAGGUGGAGCGUUCGUCCGUGUGAAGGGGAAAAUGCACGGUGGUAUAAAAAGGCAACCGUGAUUCAUAGUCAACCAUCAUUCACUUGCACUUUCUUGCAAACGAAAAAACAACUCUCCUCACCCAAGAAAAUGAACAAGUUCAUCAUUGCUGCUGCUGUGCUGAUGAUGGUCGCUGUUGCCGCAGCUGCACCGCAAUCCUACCCAUCAGAGUCUAGCGCCAAACCUUCCUACGAUGACGCUCCAAUGCCGUACAGCUUCGACUGGAACGUCAAAGAUGACGAGAGCAAGAACGACUACGGACACAAGGAGACCAGUGAUGGCAAAGUCGUGACCGGAUCUUACCGCGUUGUCCUGCCCGAUGGCCGCACUCAGAUCGUGACUUACAAGGCCGAUGAGAACGGAUACGUGGCCGAUGUGAAAUACGAAGGAGAAGCCCAAUAUCCAACACCCGAAUACAAACCGGCCUCCAAAUAUUAAAUGUUGCACAAAAUUGGCUGAUUGCAGAUCGACUAUUUUUCCUCUUGUGUAAUUUAUUUCGGACGUGUAUAAAAAAGAAACAAUAUAAUGACGUGAGAACCUGAAAAAAAAGAGA